GGGCGGGGGAGGAGGAGGAGCGAACCGGGCUUGGGGGGCGGCUGCACAGUCUCCGGGAUCCCCAGGCCUGGAGGGGGGUCUGCGCGCGGCCGGCUGGCUCUGCCCCCCGUCCGGUCCGGAGCGGGCCUCCCUCGGGCCAGCCCCGAUGUGACCGGGCCCAGCGGAGCCUGAGCAAGGAGCGGGUCCGUCGCGGAGCCGGAGGGCCGGAGGAACAUGACAUCGCGGAGAUGGUUUCACCCAAAUAUCACUGGCGUGGAGGCAGAAAACCUACUGUUGACAAGAGGAGUUGAUGGCAGUUUUUUGGCGCGGCCCAGUAAAAGUAACCCUGGAGACUUUACACUUUCCGUUAGAAGAAAUGGAGCUGUCACCCACAUCAAGAUUCAGAACACUGGUGAUUACUAUGACUUGUAUGGAGGGGAGAAGUUUGCCACUUUGGCUGAAUUGGUCCAGUAUUACAUGGAACAUCAUGGGCAAUUAAAAGAGAAGAAUGGAGAUGUUAUUGAGCUCAAAUAUCCUCUGAACUGUGCAGAUCCUACCUCUGAAAGGUGGUUUCAUGGACACCUGUCUGGGAAAGAAGCAGAGAAAUUACUAACCGAGAAAGGAAAACAUGGUAGCUUUCUUGUGCGGGAGAGCCAGAGCCACCCUGGAGAUUUUGUUCUCUCUGUCCGAACCGGAGAUGACAAAGGGGAGAGCAAUGACGGCAAGUCUAAAGUGACCCACGUCAUGAUCCGCUGUCAGGAACUGAAAUAUGAUGUUGGUGGAGGAGAGCGGUUUGACUCUCUGACAGAUCUCGUGGAGCAUUACAAGAAGAACCCUAUGGUCGAAACAUUGGGCACAGUCCUACAGCUCAAGCAGCCGCUCAACACAACUCGUAUCAAUGCUGCUGAAAUAGAGAGUCGGGUUCGAGAACUAAGCAAAUUAGCUGAGACCACAGAUAAAGUCAAACAAGGCUUUUGGGAAGAAUUUGAGACACUACAACAACAGGAGUGCAAACUUCUCUACAGCCGAAAAGAGGGUCAGAGACAAGAGAAUAAAAACAAAAAUAGAUAUAAAAACAUCCUGCCAUUUGAUCACACCAGGGUUGUCCUACACGACGGGGAUCCCAAUGAGCCCGUUUCAGAUUACAUCAAUGCAAACAUCAUCAUGCCUGAAUUUGAAACCAAGUGCAACAACUCAAAGCCCAAAAAGAGUUACAUUGCCACACAAGGCUGUCUGCAAAACACGGUGAAUGACUUUUGGCGGAUGGUGUUUCAAGAGAACUCCCGAGUGAUUGUCAUGACAACAAAAGAAGUGGAGAGAGGAAAGAGUAAAUGUGUCAAGUACUGGCCUGACGAGUAUGCGCUGAAAGAGUACGGGGUCAUGCGCGUUAGGAACGUCAAAGAAAGUGCCGCUCACGACUAUACAUUAAGAGAACUCAAACUUUCGAAGGUUGGACAAGCUCUACUCCAGGGGAAUACGGAGAGAACGGUCUGGCAAUACCACUUUCGGACCUGGCCGGACCACGGUGUGCCCAGUGACCCCGGGGGCGUGCUGGACUUCCUGGAGGAGGUCCACCAUAAGCAGGAGAGCAUCAUGGACGCAGGGCCUGUGGUGGUUCACUGCAGUGCUGGAAUUGGCCGGACAGGGACGUUCAUUGUGAUUGAUAUUCUUAUUGACAUCAUCAGAGAGAAAGGUGUUGACUGCGACAUUGACGUUCCCAAAACCAUUCAGAUGGUGCGGUCUCAGAGGUCAGGGAUGGUCCAGACAGAAGCACAGUACCGAUUCAUCUAUAUGGCCGUCCAGCAUUAUAUUGAAACACUACAGCGCAGGAUUGAAGAAGAGCAGAAAAGCAAGAGGAAAGGGCACGAGUAUACAAAUAUUAAGUAUUCCCUGACGGACCAGGCAAGUGGAGAUCAGAGUCCCCUCCCGCCUUGUACCCCAACGCCAUCCUGUGCAGAAAUGAGAGAAGAUAAUGCUAGAGUCUAUGAAAAUGUGGGUCUGAUGCAGCAGCAGAAAAGUUUCAGAUGAGAAGCCCCACCAAGAUGUCAAGCACAGAAAGAGAUGUGGACUUUCACCCUCUCCCUGAAAAAGCUCAAGAACAGAUCCAAGGAAGUUUACAUGAAGAAUGAAUUUGAAUUUGGAAGGCUUGCAUUGUGGUUGACUAUCUUUUGAUAAGCAAAAUUUGAAAUCAUUUAAAGACCACUAUAUUCUAACUCAACAGUACCUGAUUUCCAAUUACUCAUGUCCUCAGAUAAGAAGAAAUCAUCUCUACGAUGUAGACAGUGUUAUAUUUUAUGGAAUUUUAUUUUAAAUUAAGGGAGCAGUUAAAUUGUGCUCUGUAUUUUACAGAUGAUGGUGACUCAAAUUCUAGUUAUUGACAUUUUUUUCUUUUGAUAACCUCUCUGAAUUUAGUUUCCCCCCUCCUCUUUGUGGGGGAUGAUAGGGCACUUGUAAGAGGAAAAAUGAUUUGGGAUAAUUAAGUAACAACAUCCUAUAGAAGUGAGAACAAUUUCCUUUAUCAUCCCUUAUCCAGUAGUGGAUAAUUCAUUUUGAUGGCCUCUUAUUUUGGCUAAAUAAUAAUUAAGCCAGUGCCCCAGACUGUCUACCGUUGCAUUGCCAUUAGAAAAUCAUGGAGGGGGGAAUUCAUGGGAGCUUAGAGUAAAAGGCAUGCUUUCUUCGUAGCAGUUGACCAGUUACCAUUCAGCCUGUUGACUGAGAAAGUUGUGGUGGGAAAAUGUUUGCCAUCUUUUCUUUUCAUUUGAGUAAUUGUCUUGUAUUUAGGGGGAAAAAAAAAACGCAUCUAUGGAAAACCAGUUUUUGGUUAUCAUUUGUUGCUGACAAACCACCUGAAAACUUAGUGACUUAAAACAAUGACUAGCUUCUCCCCACCUUCUUCAAACUGGGCUGGGCUAAGCUGAGCGGUUCCUUUCCUUGUCUUGCUGGUAUCACUCAUGUGGUUGGUGGGAUGGCUGGGCCUCUCCAUCUGCAUGCGGUCCUCAGGUCUCUCCUUCUCUAUGUGGCUUCACCAGCAGGGUAGCUGGACCACAGUUAUGGCAGCUCCGAGGUCCCAAUGGUAUAAAGCAGUAGUGGCCAGGUGUACUUAAGACUUAAACCCAGAACUGUCACAGCAUCACUUCUAUCGCCCUCUAUUGAUUAAAGCCAGUCCCAGGCCCAGCCCCGAUUUGGGAAGAGGGGACUGUGUGAAGGCGUUAAGUGGAGGUGAGGAUUCUUGGAGGCUGAUAGUAACAGACUGUCAGAACCAGUGCCAUGGAAAAACAGCUAAAAAAAGAAGUUAGCAAAAGUAGAAGCUGCUAGUGACCUUGGGAAGCUGAAGCUGGUUAUGAUAGCGGGGGUAAGCUGGAAGUCAGGCAGAAACAGGGGGCCUUCAGCGAGCUUCCCGAACCAGUGCUGCUUGCUCUCAGCAUCUGUUCUGAACCAUCACUUUGGGAAACUGGUCUCUUAAGGGUGGAAGUGUCUGGGAGGGCAGAGCAUUUGAAAGCAGAGCCACCUCAUUGCCCUGGCCCCUGCAGAGGAAGGUGAAUGGGGUGCUUUCUUCAUGCCACUGGUUUCAGUUGGGCCUCACACCCAUACACGCAGUCAGGCUGCAGUGAGGAGGAGCAGUCCUCGUGAGGCCACUGAUCAGACUGAAUUAGCAGUAGCUCAUUUUUAUUUUAACCAAGCAGUAAGAUUUGCUAACGUUCUACCUGAAGUGCCUUCUCCAAAGACAUCCCUCUUUGCCCUGUGUGUUCAAUGAGUGUAUUUCAGUUAAAGCAUCAUUGGUGGACUUUGUAAAGAUAAUAAAAUGCCACGGCGGCUUUGCCGUUAAGUCAUGAUCUCCUUAAUCACAUUCUUCUUGCUUUGUCUCCUGAAAAGGAAGGACUAGAUCCAGCUCUGGUCGUAGUUCCUUUCUGAGGUCCUCACCUCCUUUGAAACCCUGAGGGCUUUUGGGGAGAGCCUGGCUGCCAUUUUCACAGACAAAAUGCAAGUUGAUUCUCGCCCCCACCCAUUGAAUUUAGAAUUGCUGAAGGUAAUUACCUUGUAAGAGGAAUGCAAAGGACUACCGUCUUCUUGUCAAGCCUGUAAAGAAAGAGAUUCCAGUUCAGUAUUUGCAACAAGGAUCUUGAAUCCUGUUAUUUGUAUCGCAUUGUCACAUUGAAUGGUUCUCAUUUUUGCGAUAAUGUUUUGACUCUAGACUUUGGGGGCAUGGUCUUUCACCAGCAUACAAGGGUUUGAUUGUACAGUAUAUCUGCUGCAUUAAUGUCCUGCCUGUAGCUUAAGAUCAGUUGUUUCUGCACUUAGAAGCUUCUGAUCUUGGCCAGCUUUGUUUGUAAUAGGACAUUGAUUUCAUUUAGAUUUCCCUCCAUCAAGUCGGCAAACUAUCAUGUAAUAUAAACUGAUGCCAGGACAAGAUUGUAAUAGUCCCUAGGUUGCUAAGGCUUGUCUGUGUUUGGUAAAGGUGAUUGCAGGUUCUCCGGUAAGAUUACACAGGAUGAAUUCAGGCAGAGGGGCUGUGAAGAUGGGGGGCGGGGCGGGGGGUGUGUGUGACUGGAGGUGUGGGUGUAAAAAAAUAGUGGAAAUGAAAGUUCCAAAGAGAUGGUUUCUGAGGAAGUCAGAGGGCCUGGGGCCAGAGCAGUCAGUAAUAGUUGUAUCAGGUUACCUGGAAAAUAGGUGUGAUAGCUACACGUCUGCAGUCUGCUUCUGGGUUGCUGGUAGACAUUAAAUUUGCACAAUAUCCCAUAGCUGGCUAAGUAUUUUAAAAUUGUAAGCAUAGAAUUUUAUAUUUGGGGGUGAAGAAAUUAUCUGGCAUAUGGUAUUUUUUUUUUAAGCCAAAUUUCAGAGUCUUAAUAGCUUUUUUUUUUUUUUUUAAUGAAACAAAAAGACACCUUGUAUCCAGUAUGUGGCCCUCCUGAAGAUUCUGGUCAUCUCUUCCUUUGAAAUUGAUGACUUUUCAAAUGUGUCUAAAUGGGGAUGAGAAAAUACAUGUACCACUUUCUUGGUGUUUGUGCAUUCUUUAUGGAGCCCAGUUGCUUUGGAACAGCCAAGAAAAUCAUCAGGAUUAUUUCUAGGGGUUAUUAAGGGGUUAUUAAGGGUUUACUAGGGUUUUUAAGAACUAGUAUAAUGUCCUGGGUUAUUUCUAGUUCAGAGGAAUGUGGGAAAAGGUAUGCAAUUGUGAAGUGUUUUGUUGUAGCUUAUUAAUCCAUAAGGGAAACUUAGACUGUAGACAUAAGUACAAACCCAGUACAGUUUUUGUUUUCUGUAUGUUGUUGGGGGAAUAAAGUUUUAUAUCGCAAGCACAUGGCCUCCCUGAUUUCAAUAUGCCUUUAUUAGGAUCUAUAUUUAGCCCUUAAUGUCAUUAAAAUCUUUUUUCCUCUUCCUCUUGAAAAAUAAAUUCCAAAAUAUAAUUUGUUGUAUCUUCCAUCCUUAAGAAGUUUGUUCUUUUUUACUAUGGGCAGUUCACACAAGGCAAAAAUAUUAAAUAGUUGGUUUUUGUGUGUUGUAUAACUUUGCUGUAUAUCAAACUAAUUUUUAAAAGUUUCCAUCCUAAACCUCAAAUCAUGUAAUUAUUAAUUUGCCUGUUUAUUUAUGACCUAAUUGUGAUUCUUUUAUUAAUAAAAGCUAAUGGAAAAGGA